AUGUGUAUCAGGAAAAAUAUAUAUCGAUGCCUGAAGUGUGGAAAGAUUUUCAGGGACAGAGUGCACUUUACUUCACAUCGAAGAACUCACUCAGGGGAGAAACCAUAUAAAUGCCUGGAGUGUGGGAGAACCUUCAGUAAAAGUGGAAAACUUACUGUGCAUAGAAGAAUUCACACAGGGGAGAAACCAUACAAAUGCCAAGAGUGUGGGGAAAGCUUCAGUCGGAAUGACAGUCUUACUACCCAUCAAAGAAUUCACACAGGGGAGAAACCAUAUAAAUGCCUGGAGUGUGGGAAAACCUUCAGUAAAAGUGGAAAACUUAAUGUGCAUCAAAGAAUUCACACAGGGGAGAAACCAUACAAAUGCCAGGAGUGUGGGAAAAGCUUCAGUCGAAAUUACAGUCUUACUACCCAUCAAAGAAUUCACACAGGGGAGAAACCAUAUAAAUGCCAAGAGUGUGGGGAAAGCUUCAGUCGGAAUGACAGUCUUACUACCCAUCAAAGAAUUCACACAGGGGAAAAACCAUAUAAAUGCCUGGAGUGUGGGAAAACCUUCAGUAAAAGUGGAAAACUUACUGUGCAUAGAAGAAUUCACACAGGGGAGAAACCAUACAAAUGCCAAGAGUGUGGGGAAAGCUUCUGUCGGAAUGACAGUCUUACUACCCAUCAAAGAAUUCACACAGGGGAGAAACCAUAUAAAUGCCUGGAGUGUGGAAAAACCUUCAGUAAAAGUGGACAACUUAAUGUGCAUCAAAGAAUUCACACAGGGGAGAAACCAUACAAAUGCCAGGAGUGUGGGAAAAGCUUCAGUCGAAAUUACAGUCUUACUACCCAUCAAAGAAUUCACACAGGGGAGAAACCAUACAGAUGCCUGAAGUGUGGAAAGAGUUUCAGGCAUAGAGUGCAUUUUACUUCUCAUCAAAGAAGUCAUGCAGGGGAGAAACCAUAUAAAUGCCUGGAGUGUGGGGAAAGCUUCAGUAAAAGUGGAAAACUUACUUUGCAUAGAAGAAUUCACACAGGGGAGAAACCAUAUAAAUGCCAGCAAUGUGGGAAAAGCUUCAGUCGGAAUGACAAUCUUACUUCCCAUCAAAGAGUUCACACAGGGGAGAAACCAUAUAAAUGUCAGGUAUGUGGGGAAAGCUUUGGUCAUAGCGGAAGUCUUACUACCCAUGAAAGAAUUCACACAGGGGAGAAACCCUAUAAAUGCAUUGAGUGUGGGAAAAGCUUUAGUGAGAAUAAAAGACUUGCUUCUCAUCGAAGAACUCACACUGGAGAGAAACCCUAUGAAUGCCUGGACUGUGGGAAAAGUUUCAGUCAGAGUUCCAAUCUUACUUCCCAUCGAAGAACUCACACAGGGGAGAAACCAUAUAAAUGCUUAGACUGUGGGAAAAGCUUCAGUGCAAGUGGAAAACUUACUUCCCAUAGAAGAACUCAUGCAGGGGAGAAACCAUAUAAUUGCCUAGAGUGUGGAAAAAGCUUCCGUCACAGUGGAAGCCUUACUUCCCAUCAAAUAAUUCACACAGAGGAGAAUCCAUAUAAAUGCCAGGCGUGUGGAAAAAGCUUCUAUCGGAGUAGCAGUCUGACUUCCCAUCAAAGAAUUCACACAGGGGAGAAACCAUACAAAUGCCAGGAGUGUGGGAAAAGCUUCAGUGAGUAUGCAAAACUUACUUUGCAUCAAAGGAUUCACACAGGGGAGAAACCAUAUAAAUGCUUGGAGUGUGGACAGAGUUUCAGUCAGAAGAACAAUCUUACUUUGCAUCAAAGAAUUCACUCAGGGGAAAAACCAUACAAAUGCCAGGAGUGUGGGAAGAGCUUCAGUCAGAGUAACAAUCUUAUUUUGCAUCAAAGAAUUCACACAAGAGAGAAACCAUACAAAUGCCAGGAGUGUGGGAAGAGCUUCAGUCGGAGCAAUUAUCUUAUUUUGCACUGGAGAACUCACACAGGAGAGAAACCAUAUGAAUGCCUGGUGUGUGGGGAACGCUUCAGUUACCGUGGAAGACUUACUUCCCAUCGAAGAACUCACACAGGGGAGAAACCAUAUCAAUGUCAAGAGUGUGGGAAAAGCUUCAGUCGGAGUGACAGUCUUACUUCCCACCGAAGAGUUCACACAGGGGAGAAACCACAUACAUGCCUGGAGUGUGGGAAAAGUUUCAAUAAGUGUUCCAGUCUCACUUCACAUCAAAAAUUUCACACAGGCUAG